UUGUCUCUCUCAGAUGUUUGUGAUUCAAGUAUCAUGCCAUUUGUUGCUAAUCAUUGUAAAAAUUUAACAACCUUGGAAUGUAAAUUUGAUGAUACAUUCUUAAGGUAUAAUGCUAAUCACUUUGUUCAAGCAUUUACACAAUUGGAUAAAUUAAAAUGCAUUAAAAUGUUACUGAACCAUAAGACAAAAAAUGAAACAAUGAAUCUAUUUGAAAUAAUUAAUAGCCUUCCCGAAGAAAUUGAUGAAAUUCAUAUACCUAAUAAACGUUGGUGGAAUGGUAAACGAGCAGUUCUUUUCACUUUAAAAAAAUUUAAAAAUCUUCAAAAACUGACUUUACAUAGCCUCUGUUUAGACGAGCUAAUUCUUCAAGAAAUAGCAGAAGCAACAACACUUGUUCAUCUUAACAUUGAACUAUAUUGUAAACACAUAGACUUUCCUCUAUUCGAUAAACUCGUUAAUUUAGAAUAUAUUCAAAUAGAGAUUCAAAGAGAAGAUAGAGAGACGAAAGACCCUACAAAAGUACUCGACACUAUUUUUUGUAAAUGCAAAAAUCUAAAACAUCUUGAUAUUCCAUAUUACUUUUAUGAUCUUGCUAAAAUUCCUUUGGCAAAAUGGAAAAACUUAAGGAAUUUAGAAUACCUUACUUUAUCUUGUCAUGAAGUAUCACCUGACUUAGCAGAUACAAUUGUUAAAUAUUGCAAGAAUUUGAAACACUUGUUCAUGAACCCUAGAUUUCCUGAUAUAAAGGCAAAUGUUGUAGAAAAGUUUACAAAAUUGGAAAAUCUCGAAAGUUUAGAGAUUAAUGAUAGAUCCCUCGGUGAGGAAGCAAUAAUCGCAAUUUCAAACAAUUGUAAAAAACUUAAACGUUUAGAACUUGGUGACUGCGCAGUAUUAACAGGUAUUGAUAAUGACGCGUCACCUCGCGAACUUUCUUCUCCAUCUGUUUUAAAUGAGUUAUCAAAAUUACAUUAUCUUGAACAUCUAAGCUUGAGUGAUACAGAAACAAUUGAAGAUAAUACAAUUAUUACUAUUGCUAAUAAUUGUAAAAACCUAAAAUAUUUAGAUAUCUGUAGUCACGAUGAUCAUGAUAUUACUGAAACAGCUUUCGUUGCUUUAGAAAAGUUGGAAAAUUUAGAAAUACUAAGAGUAGGUUCUCGUAAUAUUUCAGACAGCUACAUUAGCAGGUUGAAAGGAUUAAAAGUAUUUUUUUGUGCUUAUUCUUGGAAUCUUACUGAUACUGGUAUUAUUCAAUUAAUAAAAAAUAACCCAGAUCUUGAAGAAAUCUGUGCCUUUGGAAUAGAAAAUUUUACAAUUGACUUGGUUGUUGCUGCUGAUCAGGCAACUAAAAAUCGUACAAAUGGUAUCAUUUUACACAUAGAAAUAGAUGAUUUGUCAAUAAUUGAAGCUUCCAAGUCAUUAAUUAAAUCUCAAUGGUUGGUUUUUUGUUAGAGCAUAGAUUUAUCCUUCAAAUUAAUUAAAAUUUAUCGUAUAUCUUUCUCUCUUCUUCAU